AUGUUUAUCCGCGCGGCCGCGACGGCCACCGCAGCCGCCAUAGGUCUCAGCAUCGUGACCGCGGCGCCUUGCCUCCCCACCGUCUCCCCCGCCUCCGCCGCCGCUUUCAACCGCGUUGCUGACGUGGCGGCCGCGGGGCUGCCGGCGGAGGUUCUGCCGCCGAUCGCGGCGGUGAAUACGGGCGACGUGUGGCCGUCGCUGUACCACUCGGCGCAGUUCUUCUCGCCGUCGUUCCGCGCGCUGCCCGUUCCGAUCACGUUCGACCAAGGAAGUUUCGCGGAUCGAUCGGGUUUCGCCGCGCCGCCGUUAGUGUACACCUACCCCUCCGCUGACGUCACGAGUGACGCGUCGGUGGGGACUAGUAACGAGCCGCUAACGGCUCCCGCAGUCGCCGAAUCGUCGGCGGUUCCGCCAUCCCUGCCGGUUACUCUACCGGCCACUCUACCGGCUACACUACCGGCCGCCUUACCCGCUUCUCUCCCUGCUGGAAACUUCGUUCUGCCCGAGCCUACUGCUGCGGUUUUGCGGAUGUCCCCCUCUGGAGCUCCGGUGCCCAGUGCGCCUGUGUCGCUCAAUUACUCCGCUCCCGCCGCGUCCGCGGAUGCGGGGACGGAAGCGGCGGGUCCCGCGGGCGCGGCUGCUGACGUGGUGUUCGGCGUCAAUGUGUCCGUGUUAAAAGCGGCCUUCGGAACUGUGUUUAAGCUCUUCGGCAUCUGCGCGUUUGUAGUGUGUCUGCAGAAGUCGGGCAUUCUACCCAAGUCCACGCCCUCCGUGCUCAGCCAGGUCUCCUUCCGAGUGCUCAUCCCUUGCUUCCUUAUGAGCAAGGUGGCCGCUACUCUCUCUGGCGAGUCACUCUCAGCCCUGGCAGUGCUGCCGCUCAUUGCUAUUCUCCAGGUGCUGGUAGGCACCGUGCUGGGCAAGGCUGCGUGCCUCGUGGCAUUCCACAAGCCGUCGUCGCUGCUGCCCUCCGCUGCCCUGCUGCCCUCUCUUGUCACAGGCAACACUGGCAGAAGCAGCAGCCUGAAGCACAGUGACGGAACCAGCAGAGAAAGCCACACUGAGCUUGUUGCUACUGCUGCUGAACCAGCAGCAGCGGUACUUAGGACCAAGGAGUCGGUAGUAACAGCUGUGUGUGCGUUCAGCAACUCGCUCUCUCUGCCUCUGGUCUUCCUCACGGCGCUGCUCAGCCAAGUGGACGGCGAUAGGGCAGCAGGCUACCUCGCGCUCUUCAUGAUGGGCUGGCAACCUGCGUUAUGGACGAUCGGAUACAGCAUUCUCAAGGACGCGGGCAAGCCCGCUGGUCGUGUCACCAGCAGCAGCAGCAGCAGCAGCAAGGCAACUGCUGCUAGUAGCGCGGGUGCUGCUGCUGGUGGUGUUGGGGGCGUGCGUGCAUGGGCGAGCAACGCUGUGGAGUGUGUCUCUGGUGUGGCCAAGAAGGUCUUUAACCCGCCUAUGUAUGGGGUGCUCGUGGGCGUUGUUAUCGGCACCACCCCGCUCGGCCAUUUCUUCCUGCCUGCUGCUGCAGAUGCUGCUAGUGUUGCUACAUCCGCUGCUGCUGGCUCAGGCGACCUGCUGUCCUCUCUCCUUAGCCCUGCUACAGCCGGAGUGCUGAACCCUCUGUUUGGGGCAGCAGGCAUGCUAGGGGGAGCAUGUGUGCCAGUGCAAACAAUCGUCCUCUCCUCCUCCCUCGCUGACGCCCUCCCCUCCAACCUCUCCUGGCCCAAGUUCCUCCCCGCGCUCCCCAACCUCCCCACUCCUCCCAACCCCUUCGCAAACCUCCAAAAGUCCCUCUCUGCCAAAUUCCCUGCCCCUGUCUUCCCUGCCGCAGCUGUUGCCGCUGGCGCCUCUGCUGCUGUCCUGGCGAUCCCGGUGCAAGGGAGAGUGGAGAGGGAGGGGUUGGAGAGGGGUGAGGAUAAGUUGAAGCAGGUGCGGUCGUGCGAGGCGGAGAGCAACACAGAGGCGGUGGGAGGGGUGGAGAUGAUGGGGGGUGGGGACGCAACAGGGGCGCUAGAGUUGAAUGGACUAGAGGCGUUGGAAUUAGAAAUGGAUUUGAGCAUGGGCCAGGGAGCUGCCACGCAACUUGAACGACCCAACACUGAUGCUGCUGCAGCAACAAUAGCAGCUGCAGCAGCUGUAGGGGCCGCUGGUGCUGCUGGCCUUUCUGCUGCAGCAGCUGCAGUGAGAGAGGAAGCAGAAGCAGCGUCUAUUCGCCCUGUUGCUCCCACCAUGUCUCCUGAACUGGCAGCAGCACUGGCUCCUGCUACUGCUGCCGCGCUCGCCUCGUCUUCCUCUGCUGUCUUUGCCCGCGCACCAGCACCAACCGUGGCAUCAGAAUCUGCUUUUGCCUCAGUCGCCUCUUCUGCUUCUGCUGCAGCGGUUACAUCUGCUGCUCCUGCUGCUGCUGCAGCACCUGCACCAGCCACAGCAGCAGCAGUGCCUGCAGGGCCGCCAGCAGACCUGCUGGACAACCGUGCGCUGGUGGUGGUGUCGCUAGUGCGCCUGCUGGUGUCUCCCAUCGUUGGCAUGACUAGCAUUAUGGCUCUCUACCACGCUCAUCUCAUUCCCCAGGACCCUAUCUGCGCGCUUUGCCUCAUGGUGAGUGUGCUGACACCUUAA